UCGGGACGCAAGGAAGAACAGAGUGUGCGCCGCUCGAUGAAUGAAACUGAACGGCAAACUUCACUGAUUCAUUCAACUUUCAGAGGGAAUCUGACAGCGUUGGUCCAGCGUUACAUGACAGCUUGCUCUACCAGGUGGACGUGUGCAUGUUUGUUGCUGUAGCUGGAAAUAUUUUUGCUUCGGUGUGUGCACUCGUCUGUGCGCGUGCAUACCUAACUCCAGCUGCAGCCGAGUGUGUUUGUUUGUUUGUGUGAGUGUGUGUGUGUGUGUGUGUGUGUGUGUGUGUGUGAGUGAGUGUGUGUGUGAGAGAAGAGCCCGUGUGUGCCAUGUCUGUAUCAGUGAUCAUAAAGUGGGGAGGGCAGGAGUACUCCAUCAGUUCUCUGUCUGAGGAGGACACAGUGAUGGACCUGAAACAGUCCAUUAAGACCUUGACUGGGGUGCUGCCAGAGAGACAGAAACUACUGGGACUCAAGAUCAAAGGUAAACCUGCAGAGGAUGAGGUGAAGCUGGGCUCCCUGAAGCUGAAGCCCAACACUAAGAUCAUGAUGAUGGGUACCAGAGAGGAGAGCCUGGAAGAGGUUUUAGCCCCUCCCCCAGAGAACGAUGAUGUGGUCAAUGAUUUUGACAUUGAGGAGGAGGUCAUUAAUGUGGAGAACAGAGAGGAGAAUCUGGCAAAGAUCGCCCGCAGAGUGAAAGACUACAGGGUGGAGGAGAUGAACCCUCCCAGAGAAGGCAAAAGGCUUCUGGUACUAGAUGUGGACUACACGCUGUUCGAUCACAAGUCGUGUGCGGAAACGGGUCAGGAGCUGAUGAGACCUUACCUUCACGAGUUUCUGACAUCAGCCUACGAGGACUAUGACAUUGUCAUCUGGUCUGCUACAAGUAUGAAGUGGAUUGAUGCCAAAAUGAAAGAGCUGGGGGUGACAGACAACCCGAACUACAAGAUUACCUUCAUGUUGGACAGUGCAGCAAUGAUUACGGUACAUACCCCGAAGAGGGGGGUUGUGGAGGUGAAGCCCCUGGGAGUGAUAUGGGGGAAGUACGAAGAAUUUUACAACAGGAGGAACACCAUUAUGUUUGACGACAUCGGACGAAACUUCCUCAUGAACCCACAGAACGGACUGAAGAUCCGACCCUUCAUGAAGGCCCAUCUUAACAGAGAGAAGGACAGGGAACUCUAUAAACUGGCUCAGUACCUCAAAGAAAUAGCCAAGCUCGAGGACUUCAGCGGACUCAACCACAAGCACUGGGAGAGGUACCUAUCUAAGAGGCAGCAUCACUGAGGAGGGACUGCAUCCUCGGCAAAGGCUGGACACUACUAUCCCAUCAUCCAGUUCUCUCUCUCACACACACAAACGUGGCUAUUACAAGCCCUUUAUUACAAACCUUAAUACAAAUCCGACAAUAAACCUGCAGACGCCAACUCUCAAAGGCUCAGGACUGAGAUGGGCUUCCCAAUUUAUAUCUGUGCAUGUUGUCUCUCACACACUUUUUAUGUUGCAUUCAUUACAAUAGUAACAGCAGUCACCACCCGUCUGUGUGGUGAUCAUUAGGGAUGCAUCGAUAUCGGAUAUCGGGCUGAUACUGACUCAAAUAGUUGGAUCGGGCCAAUCUAUUAGGUUGUGCUCAUUUACUCUAUAUAUUACAUCCUGGUUAUUCCUGUUUAAGUUUUGACCAAUUUGUUGCUGCAUUUAAACGGUUUACACUUGAAUUGUAGUUCCUGUUACUUUUGAGGAUUGUUUUUAUUUUUACCAAGUUGUAGGUGUAUGAUUUAUUAUUUUAUUAAUAAAUAACAAUUCUGUCAAUGUACAUCUAUGUAUUCAUCUGUUAUUUUGUUUUACAAAGUUAGGAAAGCAAUGUUUGAGUCGAGCCUAAUGUUGCCUUACACAUAAAAGGAUGAGCCCGGUUUCUUCCAUAGGGCGGGGCACAGAGUUUAUUCUUUAAAGACUGGUCUCUGAUCAGUACUCGGUAUCAGUCGAUAUCCAUAGCCCAGGUAUUGGGACUGAAAAAGUCGGAUCGUUGCAUCCCUAGUAAUCACAAUCUACCCCAAGGUUUGAGGCCACGAGCCACAAUGACCCACAAACUCCUACGAACCUCAGUCAGGAUAUAUUUGAGAUCUCUUAAGCCUGCUUGGUUAAGCCUGCUUUGGGGGGGGGGGGGGGGGGGGAAGUUGCAAUCUUUUACUAAAAUGUCGGCAUACUUUGCUCUGACUAUCGAGCCCCUCUGCUCUACCAUGCAAGUAUUAAACGAAUACAAAUAUUUCAUCAUGGUUUUAAGGUCAAUACGUUUCCCCCACCCCUGUACGAAGUUGAGAUGUUGCCUAUUAUUAUAUAUUCCGAAGAGAUUGAGAUUCACCAUCAAAAAGCCAAUAUUCUUCAUUUGAAAUGAUUGAAAAUCAUUGAAUGUGAAAUUCAACAGAGAAGAAUAAGUUUAACUAAUUUAACAUAUAAGAGGUUUACAGGAGUACUUCUUACAAGUACAUUUUGUGCAACGAGUAUUGAAAAUUUAAAGUGGAAAAUUGGAAAUGCAGAUAAUAUUGAGAGCGCUUGCCCAAGAUAAUCCUAUAAAGUCCGUGAGCAUCAAACCGAUGCCUGCAACCUUCACAGUUGGACAUGUAAAAAUAUGCAAUAAUCCUCAAAGCUACUGGGACGUUAACAGCCGAGUUGAGAUCGAGACUGGUUUUGUAGCAAAAAUGCUUUCACAUCACGCAAAACGUGCAUUAUCUGCUUUGUUAUCUUUCUGGUAGCCGCUUCAUCAAUGAAUGUUUUCCUCAUCACAUCCCUGACGUCCUGGCUGUAAAUAUGACAAUAAACCUUUUUUUGUACCUAACU